GCCACGCCGACCCUGUCGACCGACCGUUCGUCCGUCGGUCCGUCGGUCCGUCCGUGUGUCCGCAGCGCAGAGCAGAGCAGAGCAGAGCAGAGCAGAGCAGAGCAGAGCAGAGCAGCUGCCAUGGAGGAUCCCGGAGGCGGAGGCGGAGGCGGAGGCCGGGCCGGGGCGGCCGCCGCCCGGCUGAAGGUGGUGCUGGGCCAUGUCCGCGGCCCGGCGGCCGCUCUCUCCGCUUCCCCUACUUCAGCAUCGGUUGCUACUUCCAGUUGCCAGCAAAAGCAGUUCCAGUACACCUUGGAUAAUAGCCUCCUGAGCCUGGAGCAGAGACGUUUUUAUGAGGAUAAUGGCUACCUUGUCAUUAAAAAUCUGGUUUCUGAGGCAGAUCUGCAGCGCUUUAGGAAUGAAUUUGAAAAGAUCUGUAGAAAGGAGGUGCACUAUCCAGGCAUGGUAGUGAUGAGAGAUCUGAGCCUCACAAAGAAGGAAUUGAUUCAAGAUGAAAGUGAAGUUACCAAAGUCCAGGAUUUUCAAUGCGAUGAGGAACUCUUCAGAUACUGCUACCUGCCUCAGAUUGUCAAAUAUGUGGAGUGCUUCACUGGACCCAACGUCAUGGCCAUGCACACAAUGCUAAUCAACAAACCUCCAGAUACUGGGAAGAAGACAUCUCGCCAUCCCUUGCAUCAGGAUCUGCACUAUUUCCCAUUCAGGCCAGCUAACCGCAUUGUUUGUGCGUGGACUGCCAUGGAAUUCAUCAACCGAGAAAAUGGCUGCCUGGUGGUACUCCCUGGCACCCACAAGGGCCCCUUGAAGAAGCAUGACUAUCCCAAAUGGGAGGGGGGUGUGAACAAGAUGUACCAUGGGAUCGUCGACUUUGAUACAAACCAUCCCAGGACUCACCUGGUGAUGGAGAAGGGAGACACUGUUUUCUUUCACCCCCUGCUCAUUCACGGGUCUGGAAUGAAUCGAACUAAAGGGUUCCGGAAGGCAGUGUCUUGCCACUAUGCCAGUGCAGACUGCCACUAUAUUGAUGUGAAAGGCACAUCUCAAGAAAACAUUGCAGAGGAAAUUAAAGAAAUUGCAAGAAAAAGGUUUGGGUUGGAAAUGAGUAUUCCACUGAAGGAUAUUUGGAUCCUGAGAGGACGACUUGUGAAAGGAGAAAGAACAAACCUCUGAAGUGUGCCUCAAAAAUUAGAAAUCGUGAUCCUUGCUGUGGUGCGCUGUUCAAACUCACUUACAUUUUGUAUUUGUGGUGGGCUUACCCGAUCAGCUGUCUUAUGACAGAUUCUUAACGCAGCUUUCAUUAUUAUUAAAAUAGCAAAGAAUCAUCACAGUGGAAGUCUUGAGAUUAUAACAUGGAAGCAGUGUGUAAAUUAAAAUCACAAAAUAUUGUAGGAAGAGGUCUAUUUUUGUAAUUUGUAAACAAUCCAAGUCUGUAUUUUCAGAAUUCAGUACUCUGAGAGAGGAGCCUUCAUCAAAUUAGCUCUAGGCACUAAGCAGAGAUUGUUGAUUUAAAAGUCCACAUGGGCUCCACCAUGUUGAACUCUGUGACUCAUCUCUUCUUAGUCCUGGAAUGGCUUCCCUCCUGGGAGCUCAUUGCAAGUUACCAAGGCUUUGCUUCUUUCAGAUCCACUGAUCAAAAAACAAUCAAUCAAUUGUAGUUUUUGAGGACUUAUGUUCAGAGCACUCUACUAAGCACUUGGGAGAGUACUAUAUAGUGGAAGAGUACAACAUAACAAAAACAACUCAUUUACAGUCAUUUACAGACUUGGGGGUGUGGGAAAGGGUGAGUCCAUGGCCAUCAGCUUAAUCUAAGCCUCUCCAGAAAGUCCGUUGAUUCGUUCCUUGAUUUCCAGACAAGACAGAGGGUGAGGAAGGCGUUUUUAAUACCUUGUUGGGUGACCAGAGCCAAUUGGUGGUGCUGUACUGCCUUUCUUGCUGCUCGUGUUCUGUUUCUCCCCAUUUCCUCACCCACCAAGGGCAGUUCGGGCUCAUUCUUCACUUGGCCCCCGAGCCCAGCUGGGCUGCAGUAAGAAAGAGAAAUAAUUCUGUCUCUGCCAGGGUGCAUGUUUUCCAGUUCUUAUUGCUGGCUGAAGUGUUAGGAGGCCCAUCUGCCCAUUUAAAUCCAGGUUCCAGUUGGGCACUGACCAGGUUGUCUUUGAGGUGGGGAAGGGGGAUGAUCUGGGAGCGGAGUGGCUUUCAAGUACAGCAUAAAACUGAGAUGCCAAGAGCUGUUUUCUAAUAAUCUCACGCCAAUCUAUGAAAUACAAAUAAAUGUUAGAAAGCAGA